AUGCUGAACCUCAGAGCAGCUUUCUCAAAUGGCACUCUCAUCCACCCUCCAGGGUUUUACGUGGUUGGAUUCACAGCCAUGCCACACGCCAAUCUCUAUCUCAUUUUCCUGGGUGUGAUUUAUGUACUCACUGUUCUGUUUAACUGCUGUAUUCUGUGCAUCAUUUGGCUUGACCAUAAAUUACAUACUCCUAAGUUUCUGGCCGUGGCCAACCUUGCUGUGGUGGACAUCCUGUUCAGUUCAUGUCUCAUCCCUAGCAUGCUGAAGACGUUCUUGUUUAAAGAUGGGUUUGUGCCGUUCAACCUGUGCCUCGUUCAGAUGGGCGUUUACUACUGUUGCAGUUCACUUGAGUCCUUCUCCUUGGCAGUGCUGGCAUACGACAGACUGAUCGCAAUCUGUAUUCCUCUCAGACAACACGCCAUCAACACAAACACCAACAUGCUAUGCAUUCUGGGAACUGUCUGGGCCUUCUGCGUGGCAAUAGUAAUAUUUUCAACAACGAUAAUGAAAAGACUGACGUUCUGUGGCUCUGUACAAGUGAACAGCUACUUCUGUGACUACUCUCCCGUCUACAGACUGUCCUGUAAUAACUACUCACUACAGUGGGCCACUGCUGUGACCCUCAGCAUUAUCAUCCUGUUCGGACCUCUCACCUUUAUCGUGGUAUCUUACGGUAGCAUCUUGAUAGCUGUUUUCAGAAUGAAGAAUGUAGGGAACCGGUACAAAGCAUUGGCUACCUGCACAGAGCAUCUCAUACUUGUGGCCAUUUUCUAUGUUCCGACUUUGACUUUGUACAUCAUCGGGUUCUUCUUGUACCGGCCGGAUCCAGACAUCAGGAUGGUGACGUUGUCCAUGUCUGCCUGCAUGCCGCCCUGCCUGAACCCUGUAGUGUAUUCCCUGAAAACAAAAGAGAUCAAAAGUAAAGCACAGUCAAUGUUCUGUAAAACCACAGUGAGGCCUGAGAACAAACAGAAACCAUGAUGUGAAUCUGUGCCUAUUAAUGUCCAUCAGUUGUUUUCUAGAUAAAUGUACAUUGUAUAUCCUCCAUAAAUGUAUAUUGAUGCUGACAGACAGAAUAUGCAUUAAUG